ACAACUCCUGGCAGACAAUCCCUGCCCUUGUGGAGCUUGUGGGACAAGUGGCAGCCCGAGUCUCUAAGAUGUCCAGUCUAUCAGUAGUUAAGCACCAAGAUGAAAAAGCAGAGGAGGAGAAGUGGGGCGUGCUUGGGAGGGUCAUCAUGGUGACAAUUGGGAAAAACUUGCAGGAGGGUGAGGCGGGAGCCCUGAGGCUGCAAUGUGAACAGCAGCAGAGUGUGGUGAGCCUGGGGCAGGGGAGAGGGAGAAGAGGUCGAGAAGCAAUGUGGGGUGGAGGCCUUGUAAGGACUGUGACUUUUAUUCUGAGAGAAGUAGAGAGCCAUGGCAGGACUCUGAGCAGAGGAGUGCUCUAAUGUUAUCUGCCAUUUAAAAUGAUCCCUUUAGGGACUUGAGAGCACCGCCACCACCAUGAGCCUCCUUAACAAGCCCAAGAGUGAGAUGACCCCAGAGGAGCUACAGAAGUGGGAGGAAGAAGAAUUUAACACUGGUCCACUCUCUGUGCUCACACAAUCAGUCAAGAACAACACUCAAGCACUUAUUAAUUGCCGCAAUAAUAAGAAACUCCUGGGCUGGGUGAAAGCCUUUGAUAGGCACUGCAACAUGGUGCUGGAGAAUGUGAAGGAGAUGUGGACUGAGGUCCCCAGAAGUGGCAAGGGUAAGAAGAAGUCUAAGCCAGUCAACAAAGAUCGCUACAUCUCCAAGAUGUUCCUGCGUGUGGACUCGGUCAUUGUGGUCCUGAGGAACCCACGUAUGGCUGGCAAAUAG